CUACACCAUGGCCAAGCAAUCCCUCUGGCUCCGCUGCGAGAAGAAGCAGUUUGAGCGUCGCACAGCGAUCACACCCACCACCGCCAAGAAGCUCAUCGAUGCCGGCUUCGACAUCUCCGUCGAGCGCGACAGCCAGCGGAUAUUCAACGACGCGGAAUACGAGGCUCUGGGGUGCAAGCUCGUAGAGCACAACUCAUGGCCGAGUGCCCCCACGGACAUCCCGAUCAUUGGCCUGAAGGAACUCCCCGAGUCCGAUGAGCCCCUUCCCCACACGCACAUCCAAUUCGCGCACUGCUACAAGCAACAAGGCGGCUGGUCGAAGGUCCUGUCCCGCUUCCACCGCGGUGGAGGAACGCUCUACGACCUCGAGUUCUUGACCGACGCGCAGGGCCGCCGGGUAGCCGCCUUUGGAUACCACGCAGGCUUCGCGGGAUCGGCUGCGGGUGCUCUCGCACUCGCCGCUGAGCGGAGUGGGAACACGCUCGGCCAACUCGAGCCCUUCGAGAACGAGAGCGCGAUGGUCGAGGGAGUUAAGAAGGUGCUCGGGGGCAGCGGCAAGGGGUUGAAGGUUCUCGUGAUCGGCGCACUCGGUCGAUGUGGUAGCGGUGCAGUCGACCUCUUCCGCAAGAUCGGCGUGGAGGAGGAUGACAUCGUCAAGUGGGACAUGGCCGAGACGGCCAAGGGCGGACCGUUCCAGGAGAUCCUGGAUGUGGACAUCUUCGUCAACUGCAUCUACCUCAGCUCGCAGAUCCCACCGUUCCUGACCAAGGAGCAGGUCGCCGGUGCUGGCAAGGACAGGCGACUGCGGGUAGUUGUCGAUGUCAGCUGUGACACGACCAACCCCUACAACCCUCUCCCGGUCUACGAUAUCAACACCACCUUCUCGCAUCCUACCGUCCCCGUGGUACUUCCGCAGACGGCCUCCGCAGCAACCAGCGACCUGCCUUCGCUUUCUGUGGUAUCCAUUGAUCACCUGCCUACGCUGCUUCCGCGGGAGGCGUCAGAACAGUUCAGCGCGGCCCUGUUGCCGUCGCUGCUCGAGCUUCCCGACCGCAAGACAGCGCGGGUAUGGGUGGAGGCCGAGAACCUCUUCCGUCAGAAGCUGGCGGAGGCGGUCAAGGCGGAGGGAUUGUGAGCGCGCGCGCGGCUCCGAGGGGAGGCCGAGGACACAAAAAUAAGCAGCUUUGUACGAUGUACAAGGCGGGCCCGGGUGAUUGUAUAGAAUGUUGUAUGUAGAUUACACAAGGGAAUUCACGGUUGCAAAGCCGCAGGCGAUCUGGCCUUGGCGUUGUCAGCGUCGGAUCCGG